UAUACACAUCAGUCCUACGGCAUACUCAGAACUCAGAAUACUGUUCUGUCUGUAGUACACUCAUCGCCAUUGCCCAUUGCUGCUGAGCAAAUAGUCGUCAAAUCUGUUGUCACGUCUUGUCAUUAUUUUUGAUCUCCAGAGUUUCCAUAGUUAUUUACCAACUGCGAUCAAAUAACAAACGUUAUCGAAUCCAAAUUUCCAACGUAUAAUUCAACACAUUCCAAGUUUCAAAAUGCAGAUCUUUGUGAAAACUUUGACUGGCAAAACCAUCACUUUAGAAGUAGAAUCCUCAGAUUCUAUUGAAAAUGUGAAAGCUAAAAUCCAGGACAAGGAAGGAAUCCCACCAGACCAACAGCGAUUGAUUUUUGCCGGAAAACAAUUGGAGGAUGGACGUACAUUAUCUGACUAUAAUAUUCAGAAAGAAUCAACUUUACAUUUGGUUCUACGUCUCCGUGGUGGAAUGCAAAUUUUUGUGAAAACAUUGACUGGCAAAACCAUCACUUUAGAAGUGGAAUCCUCAGAUUCUAUUGAAAAUGUGAAAGCUAAAAUCCAGGACAAGGAAGGAAUCCCACCAGACCAACAGCGAUUGAUUUUUGCCGGAAAACAAUUGGAGGAUGGACGUACAUUAUCUGACUAUAAUAUUCAGAAAGAAUCAACUUUACAUUUGGUUCUACGUCUCCGUGGUGGAAUGCAAAUUUUUGUGAAAACAUUGACUGGCAAAACCAUCACUUUAGAAGUGGAAUCUUCAGAUUCUAUUGAAAAUGUGAAAGCUAAAAUCCAGGACAAGGAAGGAAUCCCACCAGACCAACAGCGAUUGAUUUUUGCCGGAAAACAAUUGGAGGAUGGACGUACAUUAUCUGACUAUAAUAUUCAGAAAGAAUCAACUUUACAUUUGGUUCUACGUCUUCGUGGUGGAAUGCAAAUUUUUGUGAAAACAUUGACUGGCAAAACCAUCACUUUAGAAGUGGAAUCUUCAGAUUCUAUUGAAAAUGUGAAAGCUAAAAUCCAGGACAAGGAAGGAAUCCCACCAGACCAACAGCGAUUGAUUUUUGCCGGAAAACAAUUGGAGGAUGGACGUACAUUAUCUGACUAUAAUAUUCAGAAAGAAUCAACUUUACAUUUGGUUCUACGUCUCCGUGGUGGAAUGCAAAUUUUUGUGAAAACAUUGACUGGCAAAACCAUCACUUUAGAAGUGGAAUCUUCAGAUUCUAUUGAAAAUGUGAAAGCUAAAAUCCAGGACAAGGAAGGAAUCCCACCAGACCAACAGCGAUUGAUUUUUGCCGGAAAACAAUUGGAGGAUGGACGUACAUUAUCUGACUAUAAUAUUCAGAAAGAAUCAACUUUACAUUUGGUUCUACGUCUUCGUGGUGGAAUGCAAAUUUUUGUGAAAACAUUGACUGGCAAAACCAUCACUUUAGAAGUGGAAUCUUCAGAUUCUAUUGAAAAUGUGAAAGCUAAAAUCCAGGACAAGGAAGGAAUCCCACCAGACCAACAGCGAUUGAUUUUUGCCGGAAAACAAUUGGAGGAUGGACGUACAUUAUCUGACUAUAAUAUUCAGAAAGAAUCAACUUUACAUUUGGUUCUACGUCUUCGUGGUGGAAUGCAAAUUUUUGUGAAAACAUUGACUGGCAAAACCAUCACUUUAGAAGUGGAAUCCUCAGAUUCUAUUGAAAAUGUGAAAGCUAAAAUCCAGGACAAGGAAGGAAUCCCACCAGACCAACAGCGAUUGAUUUUUGCCGGAAAACAAUUGGAGGAUGGACGUACAUUAUCUGACUAUAAUAUUCAGAAAGAAUCAACUUUACAUUUGGUUCUACGUCUCCGUGGUGGAAUGUAAAUCUUUGUGAAAACAUCAUAAUCUCAUCAGACCAACAGUGAUUGAACUUGUCAAAAGCAAUAAGAAGAUCAUAAUUAGUGUUUUUUUACUAUAUAUUAUAAAAACAUUUUAAUUAUAUAAUAU